AUGGCUGACUCUCCGGAAACGAACGACGCCACAAGCUCCGAUGGCGAGCCUAUCGAGUAUCUUGCUACUGCACGAGCAAGGCGGAGCACGGCGGGACAGCAUAUGAGCAGUUUGCUCGAUGCAGAGGCCGACGAUGACCUAGCACUACUUUUUGCGGAGGACGAGGAGGAUGAAGAAUUCACGUUCGGCGAGCAGGAAGAAGAAGGCGAAGAUGACGGAGUGGUCGCGGACUAUGCGGAAGAUAUGGAUCUGGAUUCCUCUUCCGAUGAAGAGGACCAGGGCCCCGAUGCAAAGGAAGAUGAACUCGAAGGAGAAAGGGAGCUCGAGAAGCAAGCCAAAGCGGAACGAUUGGCCAAGAAGCGAAAGGCGCAGGAAUCGCUGCGGCUAACGGCAUUACGCAAGAAGGUUAAAAUAGACCCCAACCUGCCCUCUCGUUCGCUCACGACUCCUGCCCCGCGACAGAGGAAGAAAUCCGAGAGAAUAUCUUGGCUGCCCACGCCGGAAGAUGGGCCGACUCGGUCCUCCUCGCGUAUGCAAACCGUACGAAAUAAAGAGCUCACCCACGCUCGGUUGAAGGAUAGCGAGCAAAGGCGCAUACGACUAAUAGCUACUAUGGAAGAAGCUGCCAGGCGCAAGGAGAGCAAGAAGGCCAAACAGAUGACGCAGGAAGAAAGACUAGCGGAGGCCGAAAAGACCGAACGUAUAAACAGCAAGAGCUUGAAUCGAUGGGAGGAAAUGGAGAAGAAGCGGAGCGAGGAACAACGGGCAAGGCUGGAGGCCCUGCAGAAUCGUCGUCUGGAGGGUCCGGUGGUAACAUGGUGGAGUGGAAUAGCAAAGUGGAUAGACGAUAAGCUAGCUCAAGUGGGCGUCAGAUCGUAUACCCAAGCUGCUGAGAAGGAAGCGGGUCGAAAAAGGAAAAGCAACGAUGUAACGCAUCAAGGACCACCCAAGGCUGGCCAAUCCAAGCCAUCGAGGCAACAAGAACCCGACCUCAAAACAGAAAAAGCUCAAUCUGAAAUAGCAAACUCAGCAAAAACGGUCCAUCCACCAGCGAAUGAAGAUGCGCCGAAAGACCCUAAGGACGAGCCGAAAGAACCUCCAGGUGAGGGUUCGGUGCUUUUGGAUGGCAUCCACCUCUACGCAUCUAUGACUGAUGAGACACUUUCUGUGCCGGCUGAUCAAUCGUCAACCGCGCAAUCAGCAAAGGUAGUAGCGGACGAGGGAGAUCCAACACAGUCCACUCCAGGCCCUACGACCACCGCACGGUUAUCCGAGGGAGCAGCACCGGCUCCAGAGCCUAAAGAGCAAGAUACCCCGACGAAAGGUGCCAUAAACCAUCAGGCUUCUUCUGAGCAGCCAACUCCGUCAGUAAUUCCAACAGGGGCCGCAAAACCACCAUCAACCCAGGAUGCGGCGUCGCUAGAACAACCUUCAGGACCCGUGCAACCACUUCCACCACCAUUAUCACCACCUUCAAAUGUUUCUACCGAGAAUCACGGCACCGAUUCAACAUCCACUGUACAGGCUGGCGUGAAUGAAACACCACCCACUCAAGUAGCGCCCAAAAUCGAAAUUUCGUCGCGUAAUUGCAUUAUUCUAGAAGACUUCGAUGCCACCACACCCCAGGCACGAAGUCAAUACAGUAUCCUUUUCAACCCACGAAAGCCACAGAAACUACAAAAACCUGCGCAAGAAUAUUGUCCCGUGACAGGCCGGCCGGCCCGGUACCGCGAUCCUCAAACGGGCAUAGGCUACGCGAACACCCAGGCGUACCGAGAAAUCCGUCAGGUCCUUGGGGGUCGAUACGCCUGGAGUGGCUUCCUGGGAUGCUUUGUGGGCGAACUUGGAGGGGGCGCACGGGGCGUGCCAGAGCGUUUCUUGGCUCCAAACGUGCCGCCGCCACAGGAGAUUCUGGGGCCGCCGCCACCCGUCAGCGGAGAGGGUAUCACCGUCAAGUCAUCCCCUACCGCUACUACGGCUGCUGCUACUCCUACUGAGUCCCAAGCAGGUUCGGGCGCGAGUGGUUGA